AUCCCACUCUUCUCCUCCCUAUCUUCACCGUAUACCCACCCAUAUACACCCACUCUUUCUCUUUAUAUUUUUUGUAUUUGUUGUAUUGCUUCUACCUCUUCGCCCAGCACUAAAUUAAAUUCAUCUCUAGUUCAGAAAGUGAGAGAGAUCGCCGGCGGAGAUCAAUGGCCGUCGAAGAGAGUCGUUCGAAGGAUGAGGCACCUACUCUCAGAUCAGCGUUCUCUCUUAUUUAUUUGAUUAGUUUUAUGAGAAAGAUUGGGGUUUGUCUUUGUCUUGACUGUUCAUUAGCUAAAAAACCUUUUUGAGUUUUAGAGAGGCCGAUACUGUUGGAUACUUUUUGAGUCAAGCUUUUAAAGAAAGAAGUCAAUUCAAAUCCCAUUGGAUACUUUAUCCUCAUGGAAAAUAAAACAAAGAAGGAGUCUUGUACAAUCACAAUUCACAACAACUCGCGGUUUUCCGGUGCUGGAAAUUCCACUCAUUUCUACAUCAAAAUCUCUGUUUUGCCACUACCUGUCGGUGACGGAUGGGUGUCCUUUUCAGCGUUCCGUGGAAGAAAAAGACUCCUGCCAAACGCCGCGUUGGAGAGCGGAUCCGGUGUCCGAAAUUGGAACCUUGCAUUUUUAUCGCGAAUAGUGCUCCAAUCUGGGACAUGCAGACUCUGCAGCGUCAUGAACAGCAGGUGCAAAAACUUGUGAAGAUGGGCUUUGAUGAGGCUGAUGUGAGAAGUGCUCUGGAAUAUGGUAAUGAAAUCUCGGCUAUUAAAAUGCUGCGCUUUGCAGAGUGCGCAUGGGCUGGUAAUGAUACAAAUACAAAGCUAUGGCAGCCUGAUGAGCAGCAGGUGCAAAAACUUGUGGAGAUGGGCUUUGCUGAAGCAGCUGUCGGAAGUGCUCUGGAAGCUGUUAAUGGGGAUGAAAUCUUGGCUAUUAAAAUGCUUUGCUUUGAAGAGUGUGGACCAGCUGGAAUUGAUACAUAUAGAAAGCUAUGGCAGCCUGAUGAGCAGCAGGUGCAAAAACUUGCGGAGAUGGGCUUUGCUGAAGCAGCUGUGAGAAGUGCUCUGGAAGCUGUUAAUGGGGAUGAAAUCUUGGCUAUUAAAAUGCUUCGCUUUGCAGACUGUGGACCAGCUGGUAUUGAAACAUAUAGAAAGCUAUGGCAGCCUGAUGAGCAGCGGGUGCAAAAACUGGUGGAGAUGGGCUUUGCUGAAGCUGCUGUGAGAUGUUCUCUGGAAGCUGUUAAUGGUGAUGAAAUCUUGGCUAUUAAAAUGCUUCGCUUUGCAGAGUGUGCACGGGCUGGAAAUGAUACAAAUACAAAGCUAUGGCAGCCUGAUGAGCAGCAGGUGCAAAAAUAUAUUGGGAUGGGCUUUGCUGAAGCUGCUGUGAGAAGUGCUCUGGAAGCUGUUAAUGGUGAUGAAAUCUUGGCUAUUAAAAUGCUUCGCUUUGAAGAGUGUGCACGGGCUGGAAAUGAUACAAAUACAAAGCUAUGGCAGCCUAAUGAGCAGCAGGUGCAAAAAUAUAUGGAGAUGGGCUUUGCUGAAGCUGCUGUGAGAAGUGCUCUGGAAGCUGUUAAUGGCAAUGAAAUCUUGGCUAUUAAAAUGCUUUGCUUUGCAGAGUGUGGACCAGCUGGAAUUGAUACAUAUAGAAAGCUAUGGCAGCCUGAUGAGCAGCGGGUGCAAAAACUUGUUGAGAUGGGCUUUACUAAAGCUGCUGUGAGAAGUGCUCUGGAAGCUAUUAAUGGUGAUGAAAUCUUGGCUAUUAAAAUGCUUCGCUUCGCAGAGUGUGUGCGGGCUGGAAAUGAUACAACUACAAAGCUAUGGCAGCCUGAUGAGCAGCGGGUGCAAAAACUUGUGGAGAUGGGCUUUGUUGAAGAUGCUGUGAGAAGUGCUCUGGAAGCUGUUAAUGGUGAUGAAACCUUGGCUGUUAAAAUGCUUCGCUUUGCAGAGUGUGCACGGGUUGGAAAUGAUACAAAUACAAAGUUGUGGCAGCCUGAUGAGCAGCAGGUGCAAAAACUUGUGGAGAUGGGCUUUGCUGAAGCCACUAUGAGAAGUGCUCUGGAAGCUGUUAAUGGUGAUGAAAUCUUGGCCAUUAAAAUGCUUCGCUUUGCAGAGUUUGGACCAGCUAGAAUUAAUACAUAUAGAAAGCUAUGGCGGCCUGAUGAGCAGCGGGUGCAAAAACUUGCGGAGAUGGGCUUUGCUGAAGCUGUUGUGAGAAGUGCUCUGGAAGCUGUUAAUGGUGAUGAAAUCUUGGCUAUUAAAAUGCUUCGCUUUGCACAGUUUGCACGGGCUGGAAAUUCUACAAAUACAAAGCCUGAUGAGCAGCGGGUGCAAAAACUUGUGGAGAUGGGCUUUGCUGAAGCUGCUGUGAGAAGUGCUCUCGAAGCUGUUAAUGGUGUUGAAAUCUUGGCUAUUAAAAUGCUUCGCUUUGCAGAGUGUGCACGGGCUGGAAAUGAUACAAAUACAAAGCUAUGGCAGCCUGAUGAGCAGCAGGUCCAAAAACUUGUGGAGAAGUGCUGUGAUGAUGCUGCUGGGAGAAGUGCUAUGGAAGCUCCUGUGAGAAGUGCUCUGGAAGCUGUUAAUGGUGAUGAAAAAUAUGCUAUUACAAUGCUUCUCUUUGCAGCGCGUGUACAGUCUUCGAACGAUAUAAAGACAAAGGAGGUGCAAAAUCUUGUUGCUGUGGAAGUGCUCUUGAUGCUGUUUAUUAUUUGUUUAUUUUUUAUUUUUUUGCUGAACUCUGAAGCUGUUAAUGGAGAUGAAAUCUUGGCUUUUAAAUUGAUGAAGUGAAUAAUCCUCCCAUGCAAGUGUCACGUGAGCAUGGAAAUGGAUGUAUGGCAUUCAUCCAAAGUUGUGAACUUAUUAGAGACCAAGAAAUUCAUUCUCAACUCCAAUCAGACCUUAUCAAUCAUUUAUGGCAAUUUCAUGGCGAGUUUUUAUUGUAAUUUCAUGUGUUAUGUUUGUGAACUUUUUGUGGACUUCAUUGCUAGUUUAGUGUUGCUGAAAACUAUUUCAAGUGGAGAAGGUGAAUUUUAUGUUGCAUUUAUAAUAUGUUUGCCUUUUGAUA